AUGUCCCCACGAAGUGACCUGAAAUACCUCAUAGAUCAUGGCCACUCUCCAGACAUCAUGUCCUCAAUAGCUGGAAACGCGUCUGCUUUCAUUAAAGAGGCUGCAGUUCGAUGGUUUAUGUUGCUUGACGUGCGAGGAAGUACAUCUUUUGGCCAUUUGACGAGGGCUCGGAUGGAAGUGAAGGAAGUCUCCAUAGAGCAUUCUCCGGACGACCCGCAGAAGAUGUCUUCAAAAAUGGUCUGUGAGCUCGAGGUUACUCCAGGUGAGCAACGCACGAGUUGGCCUGAGUUAUUAAGUUUCAAAGAGCUUAUGAAUAGAAAUGAACUAGAAAUGUGUAAUGAAGAGGGAGUUUUGAGUCAGGGAUGCAUGACAGGUAUAAUGGACGAGGGGUCCGCCAUAUCAUUAUUAUUGAUGAGAUUGUUGGAGGACGAAAAUCAAUCGAUAGGCGUAUCUCAGACCUUCAGUUUCUUCUUCCAUCAUCCCGCACCUCCGGCAGGCUCCAAAAUCAGGAUUGUUAGCCGCUCGGUUUCCGCUACAGACGACAUAGGAUGCUGCCAAAGUGAGAUUUGGGAUAUCAAGAACCACAGGUUGAUUGUCACCGGCACGCAACAUCAGAUGAAACCGUCCAUAGUUGGUGACUCUGCUAGUGUGCACAAUAGGAAGACGAAAUUGUGA